AUGCCUCCUGACGUCCCUCCUACCGUCCCUCCUACCGUCCCUCCUACCGUCCCUCCUACCGUCCCUCCUACCAUCCCUCCUACCAUCCCUCCUACCAUCCCUCCUACCAUCCCUCCUAUCACGUCUCCUACCGCGCCUUCGAAGUACCAGUGGCAGUACCCGGCGCUGACUCCCAACCAGCUGGACGUCAUUCAGGGCGAUAUCUGGAGCAAGGGGUUUCCGAAACACAAUGAGACGUACUAUCUGUUCAAGAUCGCUCCAGGAAAUGCGACAGCCUUUGCACAAUGCCUCAGGAAGAUGGUUGUGGACCAGCCGGAGCUCAUCUCCAACUUGAAAUCGACGAAAAAGGCCCGUGACGACAUCGCCGCCGAGAAACAGAGGGCGAAAGUGGCGUCCAAGCUGGGACUGCCCAAUGGAAAGCCCGAAAAGCUACACAUGUCAUUCGCUCUGAUUGCUUUUACCUACAAGGGCUUGAACAUGGUCGGGAAGACCGAUCCGGCAUUUUUCAAAGGCAUGAAAUCAGACGGCGACGCCCUGAACGAUGCGAAGACGGGCUUGGACCCUCUCCUCGCCAACGCCAACGAAAUCCACGGGUUGAUCAAGGUCGCCGGAUGCUCCACGGGGUCGGUCAACGGACGCCUGGAGAAGCUUCAAGCCGCUCUGCAGCGUGGCACAGUCAUUCAGGACGUGCCUGGGGGGGCUGAGGGCCGGCUUGACGGUGCCACCAGGGAGGAACCCUUUCGUGGCAAAGAACAUUUCGGAUUCGAGGACGGGAUUUCACAGCCCCUGAUGAAUGGGAUCGACGACACACCCCCAGUGCCGGACCCAGGGGCCCUUGCCGAGUUCAACAUGGACACCGAGCAGAGCAUCUUGGUUGUGACGGGGACCACGCGCCACGAGAAUUCCUCGGCCCGGCGUCCCGACUGGAUGCACGACGGAUCCUUCCUCGUGUUCCGCAAGCUCGAGCAGGACGUCGGGGCUUUCCGGCAGCUCAAAGCCAGCUUCGCGACGUACCAGUGCGAAAGCGCAGCGCACAUGGGUGCUCCUCUUACGCUCCCAGCCUACUACACCACGGACGCCCCUCCCGCCGACCACGAGAAGGUGAAAGCGAUGAACAACUUCGGCUACGUGAAGGUUGACGACGAUAAACUGGCUGCAUGCCCGUUUGCCGCACACAUCCGCAAGACUAACCCGCGGCGCUUUGGCGAGUGGGACGCGAACAGCGGCGACCAGGGGCUCAAGUUCGCCAAGAUGGUCCGCUGCGGCAUCGCAUAUGGGACCGACUACACCGAAGGCGAGCCCGCCGGCCUGCAGCGCGGGCUCUUGUUUGCCUGCUACCAGGCCUGCAUCGAGGACGGCUUCCGGCACAUGCAGCUGGCUUGGUCCAACAAGAACUCCUUCCCUGGCAGCAAGUCUGGUCUCGACCCCAUCGUCGGCCAGGCCCCUGCGGGAGAAGCAGUGAAGACCUUCGUUACUGACAAGAAGGGGAAUAAGAAAGAGGUGCUGAUCACGGCGCCACUGGUGACUUUCAAGGGUGGCGAGUACUUCUUUGUGCCGUCUAUUACGGCCUUGAAGGGCGUCUUGACCGAGGCCCCCCUCUGAGUUGAAUCACGACCUGGCGCAUGUACCUUUUCGUGAAUAUAGC